AACAUUGAAGGCGAAAGAGUUUUUGGUGAAUCAUAUAAGAAAAAUUGGUGGCUUGCAACAGAAAAAACUCUUCCGCCAUUGAAUAGCUUACUAUCAAUCAUCCUUUAUUCUGAUGCUACCACAUUUGAUGGCCUUGGCAAGACUUCUAGACACCCAAUAUUUCUAAACUUGAAAACUUUCCAAAUUGG